UUGGGAGAAAGACUCGACAUGGCAAUGCUGGUGUCUGUGCUCCGCCUGCCUAAAGGACCCGACCCCAACAGCCGUGGAUUUGACCCCAAAUCGCCCCGUUUCAUCGCUCUCUGUCGCACCUCCAUUUCCACUUCAGCUGCUUCAGAGGCAGACCCUAAAGAGCUGCAGAGAGAGCAGCAUGCACGAACCGUGCUGAGAGAGAGUUUCCUCCGGUGUCUGCUCUCCAUGACCAACAAGAAGGUUCAGUUUCACAUGUAUGAGAAGGUGAAUGUGGAGGCCACGUUUGGAGCGUCUGACAUCGACGUGCUGAACUUUCAGGUUUCGGACUUGCACACACCCAUCGGGGUGCAGAAAGAGGCACUGAUCAGGUGUCAGGAUGUGAUUUCAUUUACUUUUGAUGCAUGAACACCUGAAGAUUUUCUUUCCUGUAUAAAAAAUGGAACAUGUCAUUUUGGAUAAGAGGCACUUGGAAAUCUCAUUUGUUACAGCAAAUAGGAUCUGUUUUCACGCUCUCUGAGAUAGUUUAUAAAACUGUUUUACAUUUUUGGUUGUGCAUUGCUAUUUCAGUCCUGUCUGUAUUCAUCGGAUUAAACUGAUUUGUGACUGAGCAUCACCACAAGAGGGAGUCCUAUUCCUGUGUUGCAAAGUAGACAUCAAAACCAAAAAAAAAGUUUGCACCGGGAUUGGAUGAUGCUAUUGUGAGAGUUGAAUAUUAGCUGAUUUUUUGACAAAGUAUUGCCCAAAUUAAUGGUAAUGUGAUGAUACUUUGCAGCGGAUCACUGGUGCUUUCGGAAUAUGUUUACCCACAAGAACAUCUUGAGAAAUAACUUAGUAAUGUUUAUGAUGGCUGAGCAGAUAGUCAUGUGUUUAUUUCUUUCAGCUCUAACAGUCUAAUAAAUCCGAAAGUUGUAGAACUUAAUUGUAAUGCAGCCUUUAAGACCAGGAAAUCAAACAACCAAAGCAAAAUUUCAAAAUAUUACACAGUAUCUAGCUUUGUAUCACAAUCUAUCCCAUUUCUGCUCUGCACCAUAAAGCUUUCUGUAGAUUGUCAAAACUGCUAUCUUCCUUUUGUGAGAUGUUAUUACUGUUUUGGUGCUCGAGUUGAGAAGUUUAUCUUGCCUCAUUAAAAUUAUUAUUAUUAUUUUGGUUUUUUUUGGAGUUACCUACUUUUGUAUUUGAAUGUCCAUUUUGUAUUUGGAAAAGUGAUGAAGAUUUUGUUAGAAGCAUACCAGAGUUGUUUUUGCAAAUAAAAACACAUGAGAAGA